CGCUUUCAGCCCUAUGCGACUGCCUCUCUGCGACUGCGAACCCAGGAAUCCCCUCAUCGGCUGCUAAACCCCCUCACCGGCUCAGCAACAUGCCGCGGUCAUUCCUGGUCAAGAAACAUUUCUCUGCCAGCAAGAAACCCAACUACAGCGAGCUGGAGAGCCAGACAGUGUAUAUAUCACCGUUCAUCUAUGACAAGUACCCACUUCCUGUGAUCCCCCAGCCAGAGAUUUUAACCACAGGAGCUUACUACACACCUCUUGUCUGGGACACUAGUUUACUCACAACAUUUUUCACCUCUGAGCCUGACUACAAAAAGUCUCCCAUCAGCCCUUCCAGCAGCGACGAUUCCUCCAAGCCCUUAGACCUUACGUCUUUCUCCAGUGAAGAUGACGAAGGGGGCAAGACUUCAGACCCUCCCAGCCCCGCAUCGUCCGCCACAGAAGCGGAGAAAUUUCAAUGCAAUCAGUGCAGCAAGUCUUACUCCACCUUUGCCGGACUUUCCAAGCACAAACAGUUGCACUGUGAUUCCCAGGCGAGGAAGUCGUUCAGUUGCAAAUACUGCGAGAAGGAGUACGUCAGUUUGGGGGCCCUAAAAAUGCACAUCAGGAGCCACACGCUGCCCUGCGUCUGCAAAAUCUGCGGCAAAGCCUUCUCCAGACCUUGGUUAUUACAGGGACACAUUAGAACACACACAGGAGAGAAGCCAUUUUCCUGUACGCACUGCAACCGUGCCUUCGCCGACCGCUCCAAUCUCCGAGCCCACCUGCAGACCCAUUCCGACGUCAAAAAGUACCAGUGCAAAAACUGCUCUCGGACUUUCUCCAGAAUGUCCCUCCUUCACAAGCACGAGGAAACAGGGUGCACGGGAGCCCACUAAAAUCAAAGACUAUAAGCACAAUGGACUUCUUUAAAUUCCUGUAUAUUUUUUGGCAGGAUAUAUAUAAAUAUAAUAUUUUUCUUUAAAUGAUGCCAUUGCUAAAUUUGUUUAGCAAGCUCACAUGCAAUCACUUCGUUUGGGGGGGGGACCCUCAAACCUUAUGACACUUAUACGGACCCUUAUUGUCUAUGAUGCAACCGUAGAAUGCCUUAUUGCAGUAUCACAGAGAGCCUGCCACCUAUCCCUCUUUGCCACGGGCACAUCUGGGAUUUAUAUGCCAUAUAUCUGGGCAGAGGGGGUGUUUUAUUGUUGGGUGGGAAAAGACUGAAAUCUGUUUUUAUGAAGGAGCAAUGGAAAGUGUUACAUAUAUAUGUAUAAGUAAAAGGUGAAUGGCACUCUUGCUUCCAAAAAAAGAUGCCCUUGGGCACCCAAAAAGAUGCCCCGGGGCAAGGUAAGUUAGUAUAUAGCACAUAAUGGACAAUGCUCAAGCUUUCAAUACACUUUGCAUAGUCCAUUAUACGCUGGUCUUAGGGACGGGGGCUUAAUCUAUGCAAAAAUUGCUGUUCCCCCACAGCAUUCUGAGCACCCUUCACCCCCCACCAAUCACGGCCCAAUGGUGGUCAUAAAGAGUCAGCGCUUCACACCACAAUACUGUUUACAGAGCAGCAAUGCCUAAUCGGGCACCUGUUAGUGCCUUUCAAGGGAGCAGAAAGGCAGCAGUUGGCACAGAGAACAAUGGGCGGUUAUAACUUAAGCCAACCCAAGACAGGUGGACGAGACAUAACUUAAAAAAGGGGGAAAAAAAGACUAUUUAUGGCCUCUGACAGGUGCCAAGCGGAUGCAUCGUUUUCUUAUUUUUUUGUUUUUUUUAUUAAAUAUUGUUUUACGUAACCCUUCCUGAGAAUGUUUACAUUUCAAUGGUACACUGGUAUUUAUAUAUUUUUUAUAAAGGUGCCACAUUUUGUACUGAGGAAUCUGUGUUUUUUAUAGCUUUACACACUUUAUUGAUAUUCAAUAAAAUGUUUUUUUUAAUUUAUAAAAAAAAAAAAAA